AUGGAAAGUCAACUCCAGGCUCUGUUCAAAUCUUUAUCUGCGUACGGAGCCAUAUACUGGGACCAGAAGCGGGAUAAUUUCUUGUUCUGCGAUAAUGGAGAGCGCAACAGCAGUAAAGCGAUGGUUGUCGAUCUCGAAGGAGUCCAGUUCCCCGCUACACAUCACUCUUGGCAGUUGGACUUCAACCAACAGGGUGCACGUUCCCUGAUGAGUGACUCCAGAGAUAUUCGCCACCCAGAUCCUGAAAAAUGGCUGGUAGGGUUUGGGCGCCGAGAACACAACGACCCAACUUAUAUGACGCUGCCAAUGAACCCGGAAAACACCGAGGCCUCACGAUACCGCGGCUUGGAUGGAGGCAAGGAGAGGAGGAACCAGAAGUGCGCCAGUGGAUUGAACAGCGCCGGUCGGCGUCGAAAAAACGGGUAUACGUGUCUGGGUCAGAACUAG